AUGGGCAUUGUCUCUGCAGAAUGUUGCUUUAUUCUCCUCUCCCUCAUAAGGCACCAGGGCCCAGCCUACCUCUCUGCCUUUUCUCCUCACUGAGCCGUUGGAAGAGCAGAAAAUCCUUAUAAGCCUGUGCACCUGAGCCUGUGUCCGGCAGAUGAGGUAGCCACUGUCUCCAUGGCCCGCAUCAUCGACCUGGUGCCCUGCGAGGACGGCUCCGCCCACGUGUACGCGUCCCCCGCCAUCCUGCUCCCGCUGGAGCGGCAGCGCAACCAGUUGGCAGGCGUGAAGCAUCAGCUCUACCACCCGGCCCUGCCCAGCCUGCGUCGCAUGGACAUGGACUCUGUCAAGGCCUGCCUGACCGACGAGCACUGCCAGUCCACCACCUACUGCCGCAAAGAUGACUUCGACAACGCAUACUUCACACUCCUCGGCGUCCCCAACAAACCCCUGCAGUGCUUGGACAUCACCGCGGCUGGCCAGAGGCUCCGCGGCAGAUGCCGCCAGGGAAAGCUGGCGCCCAUCGCGCCGGGCAUCAACCGAGUCGACUGGCCCUGCUUCACGCGCGCCAUCGAGGACUGGUCCCAUUUCGUGUCGUCGGCCGGCGAAUUCAGGCUGCCCUGCCCGAGCAAGAAGGUGGAGAGUUUCAGCGGCUACGCAGUGCGGUACUUGAAGCCGGAGGUGACCCAGAACUGGCGGUUCUGUCUCAGCCAGAACCCCAGCUUGGACCGCUACGGACAGAAGCCCCUGCCUUUCGAUUCUCUGAACACUUUCCGACGCUUCGGCUCCCACUACAGUCGUUCCAAUUACCUGACCCCCUGGCAUUAA